CUGGACAGAUUCAGAAGUCUCCGAGACGACAUUUGUGACAGAAUCUUCCGGCUGAGAAGUUUAUGAAAUAAAAAGAACUCUUCCACUUUAAUUGAAUAUCAAGUAUUUAUCUGAUUGAACAAAAUGAACAUUAAAGUGCUAGCAGUAGUUUGCGCCUUGAUUUUGGUCGCUCAUUUCACUGAUGCAGACAGAGGUGGAUCAAAGAAAGACAAAGUAGAGGCAGCCAAGCCAACCCGUGGAACCCUCCCGCCACCAUCGGGCAGCCGUAAGGGAGCCCAUUGCUCAGAGGAGGUAGGCGGCAGCUCUGAAGAACGCCCCGAUGCUUCACCAGCGGGCGACAGAUACUCCUGGAACCGUGUGCUGAACGAGAAUGUCAGCGCCCAUGAGUCCGCCUUUGUCCCAAUUAACGGAAGUGUUAUUGUUGUAAAAUCCAACGACAGGAUUCUUCGGGAAGUUAAUAUUACAGGGGCAGUAACUGUGCUUGAUUUCACAAAUAGCUCAAAGGUCGAGGUCAUCCGAGUGAGGAAUGCCUGCUUCAUUACAGAGAGACUCCAACAAUCGUAUCAAGAAAUUAUUGACAUCCUGACUGCUAGAAAUAACACCAACGUCUCAAUAGCAGACAGGGUCGCCCUGAACGGCACUGGCCCCCAGCUGUCACGGGAAGAGGCUCAGAUCGUAUUCCAGCAAUACCCAACAGUCGCCAAGCUUUGCCGCAAGUUUAGAAUCGUUCGGACCACAUCGGAUGUUGUUGAAUCGCCUGACGUAGAAGUGAUCGCUGUUCCAGCCUUCGAUGCACUGGUCAACAUUUCCGUCAACAAACCAACUCCACCACCCACCCCCAAAGGUCUCCUCGGGGUUCUGCGCGGAGGCAAAAGUGGAGAGAGAAAAAGACAUUAACUGUACACACACACCCACGCUUGCUACAGUUCUUCAACAUCUAUUUCAAACAAAUGAUGUGUAAUAUUUACACAUAAGUUCAUACAAUAUGUGUCUUCAUAGUUGUCUAUGUAGUCAUACUUGUGUACUGUCUAUUAUGUCUCUCUCUUUCUCUGUGUUGCCUAGAAGUCAAAUAAUAUUUUCUCUAAAUCGAUCUGCUGUCUAUGAAAUCAUAUAGGUGUGUUUGUGAUUUUUAUUAAGUCAUAUCAAUGUGUUGUCUACGAAGUCAUAUCAAUGUGUUGUCUACGAAGUCAUAUCAAUGUGUUGUCUACGAAGUCAUAUCAAUGUGUUGUCUACGAAGUCAUAUCAAUGUGUCUAGGAAAUCUAUGAACUCAUAUAGACUUGUUUGAGAUAUUUA